AUGGGAGCUUUAAAGACACUAGAUCAAAGUCUGAGCAACACCUGCGUGCCAAACGGGAGGCAGGACAUCUCGAGACCACUAGAUGCGUUGCCGCCUCAUGCCGUGUUCAUCGCGGUUAAUGAGGGCGGUCGGGAGGCUUUCUCUGAUCCUGAGACACGUACCAUCGACCGGUUGAAGAAUGUGAAGACCGCGCGAGUCCAGCCAUGCUCUUCAAUGGAGGAGAACACUGUACAGCGCAGACGCCGACGCGGCUAG